AAGUAAUGAAUGGUAUUUUUUUUUUUUAGGGGUAAGGGGUGGGCCCCACCUUAAUUUCCUAUCACAGGAAUAUCAAGGGGGUAUUACCCACAGGGGAGGGGGGAUAUGAGCCUCGAACCCGGGUCACUACCACGGGAAUGAAGCUUAGCUCCACUGAGCUAUAGGCUUCUUGCUCAAGUAAUGAAUGGUAUGUUUUGAAAUUCUUACACCCUUUAUUUAUUCAAUCAAGUGAAAUGAGAGGCACAAUUGCACAAAACCUUAUCCCAUAAAAAAAAGAAAAACCAAAAUAAAAAAUUGUCUGAAAUAUUACUGUAUCUAAAGAAAAGCACAAAAAAGAAAAAAAGAAAAGAAAAAGGGACCGGCUUGUUCCUAGAUUGUGCUCAGCUCAUUUCGUUGCAGUUUCAUUGUCAAUUUAAAUAAAUAAUGUAAAAAUUCUUUUAAUUUAGAUUAGUUUAGUUUCUCUCUCCUAAAAAUCAGCUCUCAUAGAAAAAAAAAAUGGGUUCAGGCAGCAGUAAUCUGGGUUCUCCUCCGGCAGCUGCAACUGGUAGACGCAGCAAAGUCAACCGUACCAAACAAAGGCUUGCUUCUCUCUUUUGCGGCGCUUCUUCUCCUUCUCCUCAGUGGGAAGAUUGUGCUGCCGGAUCUGUAUUAACUUCUAGGGAUUACAGUCAACAGAAAGCUAACAAGUCCUCAAUCCCCACAAAUGAUUCCAUUCCAACUUCUAGUGCGGGAACCGGGUUUAGCAGCAAUUCCAGUCCUAGAUCUGGACUAAUAGCCUCAUCAGAGAGCAGUACUCUAAGUAGUGAGUGCACCUUGAUUCAUGAUGAUUCAAAUGUAGAAUCAUCUAAUAAGCGGAAGUGCUUUUCAGAAGGUGAUGAAGUUGUUCCUUGUGAUGUAAAUGCUGAUAGCAAAUGUCAUCAACAGCGAUUGAUUGAUUCUGUAAAGUCCUCUUCUGCAGGACACCUACAACACAUAAGUAUUAGUCCCAACAGGCAUGCAACCAGUGAGAUUGAUGAAUUUAUCAACGAUGCACCUCAGACUAGUUAUGAGGUCUUGUCUCCUAGUUUGCAGCACGUGGAGCUUGAACAGCCCACCAUUUUUGAGGAUGUUAGUGAGGUUAUUGGAAGCCAAAGUACUGAAUCUGGUCCAUUUCCAGUUAUUUCUGACCCUGGCAUAGCUUCUCAUGCUCGUGGAGAUGAAGUCAUUCAAGAGGUGAUACCCUCAGGAUUAGAGCUUUUUGUGUCAGAUAGGGCUGAAGUUCAACCAGAAGGAAAUGUGCUUCAUGUUGAUGUGGUGAGUAUCUCCUCAUCUUAUCAUUUGCCCAACAUCAACAACGAAAUAAGCACCCGUGAAGCAAGAAGACACAGCAGGAGGAUGUUUAGGGAUGCCUUUACAAGUCGCAGUUCAAGAAGAAAUGCUGAUUUUCCAGCCAUACUUUUCACAACUGAGGAUUCUGAUCUAGCAGGAUCUCAUCGCAGAUGGCUUCUUGAUAUUGGUGAUGACUUUUUUGAUGAUGGUGUUGGUGCUGAGCCUUGGCGCUUUGGUCGGAGAAGUCGCUUUACAAAUGAUCGUAGACGGAACUCAAGAUCUGAGUUUUGGGAUAGAUUGCGAGGUACUGCUACAGAGAGUAGUCAUCGUACAUUUUGUCCGCUUGAUUUGCAUUCUGACGGUUCAUGCACGUGUGAGUUGGAUGAAGAGGCUAAUGCACUCUCAAGUAUAUCUAGAAUUAUCCUGCUUGCUGAGGCUUUAUUUGAGGUUUUGGAUGAAAUCCACCGCCAGCCAGAGUCAUUUUCCCUGUCUAUGCUUUCAGUCCCUGCUCCUGAAUCGGUUGUGGACUCACUUCCGAUUAAAACGUUUGAAAAACCUAUUACAGCUGAUCACGGAGAUGAUGUAGAUCAGUGCUAUAUCUGUUUGGUGGAGUAUGAGAAAGGUGAUAAAAUACGAGUUCUUCCCUGUCACCAUGCAUAUCACAUGUCGUGUGUUGAUAAAUGGCUGAAAGAGAUUCAUGGGGUAUGUCCACUCUGCCGUGGAGAUGUUCGAGGAGGGGCUACAGAGGUUGCUGCAUCCAGCUCAAAUGAAGAUCUCUCAUAAAUUCUUGUAUAAAGAACUGCUUAAUUACUUGAAGCUAUUAUAGACAAAAUCUUUCAUACCAAAUUUUGGUUAUACCUAAAUCAAAUGUUAGUCUGACUAUAUACCAUCGACGAAUUUAUCACUCACAUUUUCAUGUAAAUAUAAGCAAAUGUACACAAUUUAAUUUUCUGUUUUUAUCAAUAAUGUUGGUUGUUUAAAAGUGAAGUCCGAUGUAAACAAAUAUCUUCCUUUGCAGUCAUGUAAUGUGUACAUCAAAAGCCAUAAUGGUUCUGCUGUUUAAUUUCACUUUGAUUCGUUAUCGUAUA